AUGGAAGAAGACACCAAGGCAAUAAUUCGGAAGCAGAACGCUGCCAAGCCGGUCGCAGCCAAAAGUGCGGGUGCUCGGCCAGAGCCACGCCAGCACGCGCCAGCUGAUAACGGCGGCAAAAAAGGAGGUCUCCUCUACGUCGUGGACGAGAACAACGCCCCUGUCUCAACCAUGGUCCUGCACGAUAAAAAGUGGAAUGUUUACCAGCGAGAGACCGACUCUCCAGAUGCAUCUCCCAGUACCCCGAGUGCUGGUGUCGUGGCUAAAGGACACGACACGACCGAGUGCAAAUCCCUCUACGCCCAGUUCCUCUCCUCGAUCGAAAGCGGGGAUUACAAGAUCCAGCCGCCUAAACCCAAGCCAAAAGGAGAAAACAGCUGGAGCAGGAACAAAGACAAGAAGGCUCAGCGUAAAUCGCAGGGCAAGAACCGUAAAAACGACAAACAGUCGAAGGAUACGGAGAAAGCUGCCCGAGAGACCGAUGAUGACGACGACUCGGCAGAUGACGAUCAGCCGACCAAUCGCCAGCGCAUCGAAGUGAUCCGCGCCCAACCGCAACAAGAGAACGAAUCCGGGUCCUCGUCCGAAGAAGACGACGACACGAAAAACCUAGACAGCACUACGGAUCUUCGGUCCCUCCUCGAUCAAAAGUUUCGAUCCGCUACCGAGGAAACGCCAGUCUCCUCCGAUCUCCGCCGACAGAUCGACUCGAAUCGCGCCGCGAAAGCUUCGGCACAAGAAUCCUCCCAAAGGCAGUGCGCCGACAAGCCGAACUGCGAUCUGCGAGACAAACUCAACGCGAAGAUCGGCGACUUGCGGACAACCCUUAACCGCAAGAAAAGGGAUACUGCCGAAACGAGUAACGACCUCCGUGAUGUGCUCCGCGCAAAGCGAGCACAAACUCGUCCCCGGAUAAACGUCAUUAUGGGUGGAUCGCCUCCCUGCGGCGAUUCGGUAAGAGCAGUCAAAGACCACCGAAGGCAAGCCACCACUUCCCAACGGUGGCCCCAGAAGCAAGUAGACGAUCAGCCGAUUACCUUUUCGUCUGACGAUACACUCGGCGUGCACCUCCCUCAUAACGAUCCUUUGCUCGUCGUGCUCGGCGUCGACAAGUACGACGUCACAAAAGUACUUAUCGAUACCGGGAGCUCGGUAGAUAUCAUCUUUCGCGAAACCCUCGUAAAGAUGGGGAUUGACCUCAAUGACGUCAAGCCUUCUACUCGGACCCUGACAGGGUUCAACGGCUCGUCAGAAGUGAUCGCAGGCACAAUCCGCCUCUCGGUUCACGCAUGCGGAGUCACUCGGACAGUCAAGUUUUCUGUGGUCGGUUCCAAAGCCCCUUACCACGUUAUACUCGGCACCCCAUGGCUGCAUUCAAUGCGAGCAAUCGCAUCAACGUAUCAUCAGUGUGUUAAGUUCCCAGGAUCAGACGGAUCGAUCAAAACUCUGAAAGGCGAUCAGCAAGCCGCGCGUGAUCUCUUGAUCGCCACGGUUAAAAUCCAGCGCUCCCAAUCACUUGUCAACUCGGUCUCUCCUCCCACGAGCAAAGUCUGCCCGCAAAAGGAGGAGGUUCUCGAAGUACCAGUUGACGAGUCGGAUCCGAGCAAAUCAGUCCGAGUAGGCGCAUUUCUGCCCGACGAAAUGCAGCAGAAGAUUCUCGAGUUCCUUAAGCAAAACCUAUCCACAUUCGCCUGGACAAUGUCUGAUAUGAAGGGAAUCGAUCCAGCUAUCACGACCCACGAGCUCAAUGUUGAUCCCAACUUCAAACCCAUCCGGCAGAAGAGAAGAAAGUUGGGACCAGAGCGAUCCAAAGCAGUCGCAGAAGAAGUCGAGCGUCUACUCGGUGCCGGCUCAAUCACUGAAGACAGCUACCCGUUGCCUAGCAUCGAUCGCCUAGUCGAAUCAACGGCCGGCAACGAGAUGCUGACGUUCAUGGACGCCUUCUCGGGCUAUAACCAGAUCCUGAUGCACCCAGACGACCGGGAGAAAACCGCUUUCAUCACUGACCGGGGAACUUACUGUUAUAAGGUGAUGCCAUUCGGGUUGAAAAACGCCGGGGCAACCUACCAGAGGCUCGUUAACAGGAUGUUCGCCGACCAGUUGGGGAAAACAAUGGAAGUUUAUAUCGACGACAUGCUCGUCAAAUCCCUCCGAGCCGACGACCACCUAGCACACUUGAAGGAAUGCUUCACCAUCCUAAACAAGUACGGGAUGAAGUUGAAUCCCGCAAAGUGCACGUUUGGCGUCUCCUCGGGCGAAUUCCUUGGUUACAUCGUCACGCAACGAGGAAUAGAGGCUAACCCGAAACAGAUCUCAGCAGUCCUGAACCUCCCCAGUCCGAGAAACUGCCGCGAAGUUCAGAGACUAACAGGACGCAUCGCCGCCCUUAAUCGCUUUAUCUCCCGAUCUACCGACAAGUGUCUUCCCUUCUAUGAUCUCCUCCGAGGGAACAAGAAGUUCAUCUGGGAUGAUAAAUGCGAGGACGCGUUCGUCCAACUCAAGCAAUACCUGACGACUCCUCCCGUCUUGGCCAAGCCAGACGUAGGAGACGUUUUGUCUCUCUAUAUCGCUGUCUCCUCGGCAGCCGUCAGCAGUGUCUUGAUCAAGGAGGACCGUGGCGAGCAGCGUCCGAUUUUUUACACGAGCAGACGCAUGACCGGCCCGGAAACCAGAUACCCAACCCUUGAGAAGCUGGCUCUGGCCGUCGUCGACUCCGCGAGGAAAUUACGACCCUACUUCCAGUCACACUCUAUCGAGGUUCUGACCGACCAACCGCUCCGCACCGUCCUGCAAAAUCCCAACAGAGCCGGCCGGCUGACCAAGUGGGCAAUCGAACUGAGUGAGCUUGACAUUACGUACAAAUGUCGAACAGCCGCCAAAUCUCAAGUCCUCGCCGACUUCCUUGUCGAACUCACGCCAGAUCUUGCACAAGACCUCGAUGUCCCGAGUCCCAAUUGGAUUCUUCAUGUCGACGGAUCAUCGACGAGUAAAGGAUCCGGUGCUGGAGUCCAGCUUCAAUCGCCAACAGGAGAACUCAUCCGCCAGUCUUUCAGCUUCGGCUUCCCGGCCUCUAACAACGAGGCAGAGUAUGAAUCGUUGAUCGCCGGUCUUCGUCUCGCCCGAGCCGUCAAAGCCAAACGCUUGAGUGCUUAUUGCGACUCGCAGCUCGUCGCUAGCCAGUUUAGCGGCGACUACGAUGCUCGCAAUGAUAGAAUGGAUGCGUAUCUCCGAGUGGUUCAGGAGCUCGCUAGGGAAUUCGAUUUCUUCGAACUCACCAAGGUUCCUCGCGGAGAGAACGUUUGCGCCGAUGCCUUAGCCGCACUCGGGAGCAAACUCCACGAUCAGGUCAAAAGGACGAUACCCAUACAUCGGAUCGAUCGACCGAGCAUCGAUUCUUCCUCCGACGAAAGCUCUCUCAUCGCUCCAAUCUUUGCAACAACUCGACGAUCCACCACCGAUCAAACCGACACUGAGAUGCCCGAUCGUGACGAUACCUCAGUCGAUUGGCGAGCCGAGUUCCUAGAUUAUCUCAUACGAGAAGAACUGCCGAGCGAUAAGUGGGCAGCGAGACGCCUGAAGAGACGCAGCGCCCACUACGUCAUCAUAAACGACGAACUUCACCGAGUGACCGCGAACAAGGUUCUCUUAAAGUGCAUCCAGGGCGAUGAAGUACGCCGAGUAAUGGCUGAAACUCACGACGGAGCAGGAGGAAACCACUCGGGAGGCCGAGCACUCGCCCUUAAGGUUCGAAGCUUGGGAUUCUUUUGGCCGUCUAUGAACACUGACUGCGAGGCAUACGCUCGUCGGUGGGGGAUGGACAUCAUCGGGCCAAUGCCGAACUCGCGCCAACGUCGUUUCAUCCUGGUCCUCACCGAUUACUUCACUAAAUGGAUUGAAGCCGAAGCGUUCUCUCAGGUAACGGACAAGGAAGUCCGCACCUUCGUCUGGAAGAACAUCAUUUGCCGUCCCGGUUUGCCGUACGAGAUCAUAACGGACAAUGGCUCUCAGUUCAUGUCCGGAAACUUCAAAGAGUUCUGCAACAAGUGGAAUAUCCGUCUGAGCCCUUCGACUCCCCGUUACCCGCAAGGAAACGGACAGGCGGAAUCUUCCAACAAAAUUAUCAUCGAUGGAAUCAAGAAGCGACUCGACCUAAAGAAAGGCCAUUGGGCCGACGAGCUGGACGGCGUCCUCUGGUCGCACCGAACGACUCCUCGCGGUGCGACCAAAUCCACCCCUUUCUCUCUUGCUUACGGGAUGGAAGCAAUGGCCCCCGCCGAAGUUAACGUGACGAGUCUUCGGCGCGCCAAGAUGCCACAGUUCGUCGAGCUUAAUCAAGAUAUGCUCCUCGAUGCCCUCGAUGAACUCGAGGAAAAACGUGAUCAGGCGCUUCUUCGGAUCCAAAAUUACCAGAACCAGAUCGAGAGCUACUAUAAUAAGAAGUCACCUUUCCCCGAACAAACGAUGCCAGCCCCUUCAUCAAGCGGAGCACGAGCACUCGCCCAGCUAAAUCGGCUGAGCCUUGAUCAGGUAUCAGCCGAAGGGAAUAACAGCCUUGCGUCACCUGUGCGUCGUGCAUUGACCGGCUAUCCAAUGGAAAUUUCAGACCGUCUGAUCGAAGGACGACGGUUUGGCCGACCAAUAGUUCUCUCGAUCACUGCACUGCGUCUUGAAACCUUUUCCUCGGCAAUUCAAUAG